GUUUAUCAAGUUCAAGACUGAAGCUGUACAGUCAUCCCAUGUACCUUCGACCUUAGGAACGAUGCCUAGAAGAUACAUCAAUCCUUACGCAAAGUACCUCGCGGUCGACCUCUGGAAUCAACACAUGGAUAUCGAGCAGAUCAAGAGGACACUAAGAAUCAACUUUUCGCGCAGUUCGUUACACCGAUGGACUCACCUUCACAAAAGCACAGGGUGUGUUGUGAGGAACCCAGCCGACUACGAACCAUUUGGACCGCGAGGCUCAAUACCAGAAGAUAUACAAGAAGAAUUGCGAGUAUACCUCAGAGAACAUCCAACAAGUUAUUUGGAUGAGAUACAGGAAUGGCUGUUGGAGGAGCACGAUAUUGCUACAUGCAUCUCCACCAUAGAUCAGACUCUGCGUAAAAAGAUGAACAUUACAUUGAAAAAGAACCAUCAGGUCAAUUCCAAGCAAUCAGACUUGAAGAUGGCUGAGUAUCUUGCUCAAGUGGGCACCAUGCCAGCUGAGUUCAUGGUUUUUGCAGAUGAAUCUUCUAUAUGCCGUAGAAGCCUCAACCGACCUAAGGGACGUGCUCCUUCUGGACAACGAAGCUACCAGCAAACCAAACACUCAAAUGCUAAGCGAUACUCGGUACUUCCAGGCAUCUCGCUCUAUGGUGUUCUAGGAAUUGAUAUCAAGGAAAAUUCAUUCAAACGUCCAGACUUUGAAUCAUUUUUGAAGCAUACUCUGUUUUGAUUAUUGAUAACUGCUCUGUUCACCACGGUGGGAAUGUCCAAAAGCUAUGUGAUGAACAUGGUGUAAGAUUAAUCUACCUUCCACCUUACUGGCCCGAACUUAACCCCAUUGAAAUGUGUUUUUCAGUUUUAAAGUCACAUUUGCGCCGCUCAAAUAGUUUAUUGAAUUCAGAUGAUGAGAUCGCAUCCAUUUAUCAUGCUACUGCUACCAUCAUGGAUGAUAGAUUGUGUUACAAAGAGU